UGGUGUAUUGAGCCCAUGGUGUGUAAUAAUAGAGUAUAUUCUUUGCUAAUGAGUCACUUCAGCUACCAUAUGUGUAGAAAAUGGGUCGGUAGUGGACUUGGGACCCUGCUUCAUUCCUCACCUGAGGGUGAGCACACAGACACUGCAGUCUGCUGCUAUGUGUACAUUAGUCAAGGCAAGGUACACUAUUUGGUGUGUGAGCAGGAACUAGUGAUUGGACGACGAGAAGGCCACAUCCUGCUGACCAAAGACAAUUCCAUCAGUCGGAGGCAUGCUUCCAUCAAACUCACAUUCCCACAUGUUAACGUAAAAACAAGGGAGCCAGCUAAGGUGGAGAUGAGGGAUUUAAAGUCCACGUACGGCAUCUUUGUCAAUGACAAUAUAGAGAAGGGUGAGCGGCUUCCCUCAGGUAGUACCCAGGAGCUGCACCAUGGAGACCGAAUCAGAUUUGGGAUGUUUGACAACAUAUGGAGGCUUGAACACCAGGAUCUGACUGUAACUACAUCCACCUUGAGGAGUGCAGGUCUGCAACAGUUGACCAAUGCUUUGGUUAUCUUAGGAGGUCACUUACAGGAGAACUGGUCCUCAGACUCCUGUUAUUUAGUCAUGCCAACUAUUACCCUCACUGUCAAGGUAGCAUGUGCCCUAGCAGCAGGUCGCAGCAUUGUCCUCCCUGAAUUCUUCACCAAGCUUGUUGAUGCAAUAAUCAAUAAAGCACCACAUCCCAAUCCUGCUGAAUUUCUACCAUCAGUGGAGGACACCUCAGUCAGCAGUGCAGGCGGAUCCUUUGUCCCUGACCCAAAUCGCUCUACUAUCUUUGCUGGCCUCACCUUCCUUUUCCCAACUGAAGCUCUGAUGAUCAAGAUGUGCAGUCCUGUUCAAUUAGCAGGUGGAAAGGUAGAGCUACUCACAGAAGACAACCAUGAAAAAGUUGUGUCUGGUAAAUUUAUUUUGAUCCGUAUGAAGACUCUGAUGCCAAAUACCCUCUACAGCAAAACUCUUGACCUCCUGAAGAAACAUGGUCUUCGUGCAGUACCAGAAUCAGACAUUGGGUUAGCUAUUGUCUUUGUAAGCACAAAGAGCCACUGCAACUCUGCCUACCUCGGGCCUACUAGUUUUUUCAGAAGGUCCUCAAGCACACAGUCCUUAGAGAAACCCAAAAUUUUUGCUACAGAAACCCAAUCAACAGAAUUUUCAGUUAGUCUGACAGGACCAAAAGUUGUACCUGAUAGUGGUGAACAGCAACCAUCUACUUCUGCCCAGAGUGAAAUGGCACCUCCCAAAGUGCCCAUCAAGAGACCACUUACAACUAGUGACAGUGAUGGAGUCAAUGUCAAGCGCAGGAACAGAGCAUCCUCUCCUGACCUCACAGAGCCUCUUUCUUCCAUGGAUUUGUGUGAUAAGAAUACUGAAGUUGAUGAUAUAAAGAUGGAGGUAACUGAGAAGACAUUCAAUCCUGAACACACCAGCACUCAAAGAGAUUAUCCAGCUCCUUCCACAAGUUUAGAUCCUUCUACCUCAGUUUCCUUUGCACCUUACACACUUCCAAGCUUAAAGACAUUAGAAAAUGAAGAGGAGGAAGAGACUGAGCCUUUCCAAGGUAACAGACAUCAGGAAGACUUGCUACAUGGAGAGGAAAGAGUUGCAGUGAUGAGAAAGGAAGAACCAAGAGUAAAGCCUAAUUACAGAAAUGAUUUGAAGUUUGAUGAGUGGUGGAAAGGGGAUAAAGAGGAUGAUGAUGCAGGGAGAAAGAGAACGAGGUGUGAAGAAACAUCACCUCAGGCUCAGGAGAACAAGAAAAGUAAGACUGAUAGUUUCAGUAACAAAAACAGUCUUAGUACUCAUACUGAUUGUGAUGACAGUAAUAGGGUCAACAGCAUCAACAAGAGGAAGGCAGCAGAUAAUGAUGGGGACAUAUUUGCACUACCGCGACGGGCACGACAGAGAGAGAGAACAGUGGAAAAUUUAACACCCAAAGAGACUGCUGACACAGAGCUGUUUGAUCUCCCUGCUCGAACUCAACGUGCUAGGAGACUCCUGUCCAACCAAGACAGCUCCUUGAUUCCUCCAACGCUCCCAAGCCCAAUCCAGGAAACUCCAGACAUUGCACCCACUCCCACACCUGAGUCUAAAACAAUUGUGACAACAGUGAAGGAAGGACUAUCAUCCAGCAAAUUUAUUGACAGGGAAGAAACGGAUAUUGUCAAGGACACAGACAAUACAGGAGAGCUGACUAUGUCCCGCACAUUGGUAAUAGUGAAGCCCAUGGUGAAGGUUCAGCCAAUAGUAUUACAGACUCCAUCUGUUAAAUCUGAGGAUUCCAGCAAUCUACCUAACUUCAAAAUAUUUAAGAAGGUAACAGCAGCCAGCAUACUGAAGGUAAUUGGAGGGUCUGACUUUGUGGAGAAUGAUCAGAUAGCAGCAUCACAGGAAUAUAAAAUAGAUCUGGAACACAGGAAGAAUAAUGAAGCCAAUAUAGAUAAAGUGCCUUCAUUUGAUGAGGAGCUGUUUAAUCUAGAUGGCCUGAAAAGGAAAAGGAGGUAAAAAAUAUCAAGUCUGUAUAUUGUCAGGGCUCUUGUGAUAAUCAUACUAAGUUUUGUAUUUGUUUUGAAUUUAUCAUUAAACAUUUGAACUUUGUAAAGUAAUAAGGAAUAAAACCCAGAGCAGCUGCAA